AUGCGGACGCGCAGCGGCCUGGACACGGCGAAGCGCAAGCGCGAUGACGCGGCCGACGCGCCCGUCACGCGAGCGAUGGCGAAGAACCAACCGGAGAGGAAGUCGCGAGGGGGAAACCCGCCGCGACGAUGCGAGAAGCCGGGCAGAGAAACCGCGGACGCGUUCGCGACGCGCGCGCCGUACGCGCUGACCGAACGCACGCUCCCGACGCGCACGCUCCAACAGUUCGACAAGUGCUUCGCCGCGCGGUGGCUCACCGACGCGCUCGUCGCCGUCGGCACCAAAGACAACAAGCUCGCCGUCGUCGACGUCGCCGCCGGGGACGCGACGCUCGUGCCGCUCCCGAGGCGUCUCCCGCGGCGCCGGCUCGCGCCGUCGCACCAGAACGGCGGCGCCGUCGCGCCGGUGUUCUCGCCGUCGCGCGCGCUCGAAUCUGGCCCCGGGCGCGUCGCGCCGGUUCCGCCGUCGUUCGGCGGCGCGGCGCGGCGGACGGCGAGGACGCGCGCCGCGGACAACUGCGGCGUGCACGCGCUCGCGUUGAACCCGUCGCGGGCCCUCUUCGCGACGGGCGCGGACGACCCGAGAGAUGUCGCGGUGUUCGCCUCCCCGACCGCGCGGUGCGUCGCCGUCAUGCCGGGGCACCUCGACUGGGUGUUCGGCCUCGAUUGGAUCGCCGACGACGUCCUCGCGAGCGGGAGCAGGGACGCCACGGUGAAGCUGUGGCGCGUGCCGAGCCCCGACGACGACGACGACGACGACGAUGACGACGACGACGACGACGAUGACGACUCGGGCGACGACGACUACGACGAUGAUGGGGUCCGUCGCGAACGCUCCUCGUACGCGCAAGUCGCGGAGCCGAUCACGACGAUCCUGGACCACACCGAGAAGGUGCGCGACGUCAAGUACUGCGCAGACGUCGGGCGGCUCGCGAGCGCGUCCACCUCCGGCGAGGUCGUCUUCUCGGACCCGAACGCGUUGUGCCGCGGCGGCGUCGAGAUGUUCGUCGAGGGCGUCGGCGCGAGGGCGCGCACGCGUCGGAAAGAGGCGAUGUGUCUGGCGACGGAUGGCAAGACGAUCGCGCUCGGAUCGCAGCGGCACGUCACGCUGUUGGAUCCGCGCGACGCGUCGUCGCGGCGGGACGCGAGGCUCGUGAACGGCAGCGUGGACGGCGUGCGGUCGCUGUCGUUUCGCGGCGACGGGAAGCUGCUCACGUGCGGCGGCGGCGGCGGCGCGAUCACGUUUUUCGACGUCCGCGCGGGGAAAUUUUUGCCCCCGGAGGCGUCGCUGGCGGCGGGGGCGGCUCUCCCGGCGUUGGUAGACUUCAGGACGAGCUCGGCGUCGUCCACGCCGGAGGUUUCCCCGAGAGCGUCGCCUCCGAGACGAUACGCGCCACGAUAUAUGCCCACGAUCACGGAUCAGAUCGACGACUACACCAUUUUCAGGUCGGAUGCGUUCAUGGGGGGCACGGAUCAGGUCGACGACUACACGUUCCCGGUGUAUUGCCCGGCGGCGGCGUUGCGGUUAGAGAUGACGAGAGGGUGGCUCGACCGCGAGCACCACGUGUACUUGGAGUACUUCCAGCACGAGCCGACGCCCGCGAACGCGUGCUACGCGCACGAGUGGGAUUCCACGGGGACGCGGCUGUUAGUCGCGGGCGGGCCGCUCGCGUUCGGUUUGAGAGGGUGCUACCUGGGGGUGUGGAGCUAAACGGAAGAAGGGGGAGCCGUCGUCGUCGUCGUCGACGACGACGACGUCGACGACGACUACGGGAAAAGAAGACGUCGCGCGGCGGCGCCUCCGCGACGCGCGCUGAAACGAAGACGACGCGACGACGUGACGUACGAUGUACCAACGCGAUUCAGUACUACCU